GUGCAACUCCAAGGCGACCCCCGGGUUUGUUGGGCUGGAUGUCGGGGUCUCCCAGGACCAACAAGGUGAAGAAGAGGAGGAGGCCGGAGAGGGGCCUGACCCGCCUCAUCCCAGACCUUCAUCACCCCAUGGAUUCUGAUAAAAGUACAGAUUUUGUGGAGAGAUUGUCCCGCAAAUAUCAGCAAAAAUGCAAAGUUGAGUCAAGUACUGAGUCGGAAUCUGAGACCAAUUCAGAGAGCCUCGUAAGUCCCUUCGCCCAAGGUUCAAAGAAAGCAAGCAACAUGAAAUUUCAACAUUCUUUCCCCCAGGGCGAUCACAAAAAGAAUCACAUGGAAUUUACAGAAGGUAUCAGAAGAGAGUUUUUUGAUCCUUAUGAUGGUGAUUCAGAAGACACACCCAGUCAUUCAGACUACAGUCUGAAUGAUUCUAUCCUUGGAGAUAUCACCUGCAGUGGAAUUUCUACAUCCCUGAUCUCUGAUGACCUGAGUGAAGUGGAGUCAGAGGGUUCCAUCUGUUCAAAGAAUCUAGAACUCCCUCCGAAACCAACCAUAUGGGACUUUCCAGCCUCAGAAACAAAUGAUGUGUACAUGGAGCCAAUGAGCGACUUGAAAAUACCAAUGGAGAUUACCAGCCAAGAGAUGAUGGAGAGUUCCGGAAGAAUUCCUGGGUCAUCUGAAUUGUCUCUGGAUUGGGAACUCUUGCCUGAAAUGUUAGUACAGAAGUCUGACCAUUCCUUACUCAGGAGUGCUGAUCCUCCAAAAUCUGCGAGACCUACUGAAAACACACCGAGAGUACCUCUUCAGUCGUCCAGACUCAUGUGGGAGAAAGAUAACAGGGUAUAUAAGCAACCUCUGUUCAAGAGAAAAAUGGAAUUCUUCCUUCCAGAGUGUGAAAGAAUGAAAAAAAAGAAACAUAUGGUUUAGAUUGAGCAGCAACUGUCUCAUCAGGUUCCAGGGUUUCAGGGCAUGUGCAGCCCGUGACAGAUUUCAGCAACGAAUGGCUGUACAAGAAGUGCCACUAAACAUGAAGGCGACCAGUGAUUCCUCUACCAUCCAAUAGGAAGGCCUGAUGUGACUCCUUCUUGGUAUGUGAUGAUAGUACAAUACUAUGAGAGCAGUACAAUACUGAUACCAGUUGGACUUUAAUAAAGCCCUUACAUUCAUUA